AUGCCUCGAGCUCCAAAGCGCCGACGCCGUGUGCUUAAACAAGACCUUCACACCCAGACUGAGGCACAGUGCAAGGAUUCUUCUUCAUCCUCCACUUGUUCCUCUUCUUUUCCCUGCUCUUCUUCCUCUUCUACCUCCUCCUCUUCGAAUCCUCCAUUGCCAAGUAUUCCAGAGGAAGAAUUGGGUGGUGAUAGCACACAGAGUAUUGCUCUGAGUCCUCAGGAGGCUUGCUCCUCUUCUGCUGUGAUGACCUGCACUCCACGGAGCCAAUCCAAUGAGGGUGCCAGCAGCCAAAAUGAUGAGGGCCCUAGCACCUCACAGAUUGUGGGAGAUCCUGAGGCUUUUCCAAGACAUGAGAUAGAUGCAAAGGUGUCUGAUUUGGUGGAGUUUUUUCUCCACAAGUAUCAGACAAAUACACCCACCAGCAAGGAAGAAAUACUGAUGUGUGUGAUUCCUAAUUGCCAAGAUCACUUCCAAGUGAUCUUUGAUGAAGCAUCUGAGUGUAUGAAGCUCGUCUUUGGCAUUGAUGUUAGGGAAGUGGACCCCACUGUCCACUCCUAUGCCCUUGCUAUCUCCCUGGGCCUCACUUAUGAUGGGAUGCUUAGUGAUGUUCAGGGUAUGCCCAAGACUGGCCUCCUGAUACUUAUCCUGAGCGUCAUUUACAUGAAUGGCAAUUGUGCCCCUGAGGAAGAGAUCUGGAAUGUGAUGAUUGGGAUGGGGCUGUCGUUUGGCGAGUGGCACUGCAUCUAUGGGGAGCCUGGGAAGCUCCUCACUGAAGAUUGGGUGCAGGAAGGGUACUUAGAGUGUCAUCAGGUGCCCAACAGUGAUCCUCCUCGUUUCCAGUUCCUAUGGGGUCCAAGGGCCCACGCUGAAAUUAGAAAGAUGAAUCUUUUGAAGUUUUUGGCUGAGAUUAAUGAGAGUGAUCCAAGAGCCUUCCCAAUAUGGUAUGAAGAGGCUUUGAGAGAUGAGCAAGAGAGAGAUCGUGCCAGAAUUGCUGCAACAGAUGCUUUUGCCAUGGCUAGUUCAAGUUCUAGUGCCAGCAGCAACAUUGCUUACCAUAAGUAA